AUGGCGAGUCCAGACGGUGGAGCUGCUCUAGCUUCCCUUGACAAUCAACGCUCACGCGAUGACGGAGACUCGCUAUCAGGUAGCUCGCACAUAGGGAGCGAUGCUUCGGACGAUUCAGUUGGACGGGGAGAGUGUCGCUGGAGGACCGCUCGGUUUCAUGAUAUGGAGUGCUCUCGCUUCUUCGACUGUCCAACCCACAUAGUAGAGCGACAGCUUUCUGACGACGAGGACGAAGGCAGCGAGGCGGGGGAGGAGCCGCCAGAGCAGCUUCAGACGGCUGAGGGCACGCCUGAGCAUACCUCGACUGCGAACUUGGAUCGAUCAGUGGCGGAUACAAAUACACCGGCCGCUAUCUCUGAGCGGCGCCCAACAACAAGCUUUGCGCCCGGGCCUGAGGAGACGAAUACGGAGCCAACGACGGAGGGAGAAGGGACAGCACGGGCAACCUCAGCACGGGAGAUUAACGAACCUGAAGAGUCUCAGGAUUCCGAAGAACCCGUGCCGGCACCGCCAACACCGCUAAGUUUACGACCCUCAGAGCCUCAAGGUCAUGGCCAACCUCUCCCACCAACUGCUACGUCUUCUCAGCCCAUUAGAGAGCUUGUGCCACCUGAGAGGGCUUCAAGUUUGACAACCUCUGCACAAGAGAUCAACCAACCUGAAGGGCGUCAGGAUUCCCAGGAACUUCCGUCGGCACCAUCAACACCACCAACACCACCAACACCACCAAGUUCGCGACCCUCAGAACCCUCAGGUCAUAGUCAACCUCUUCCACCAACUUCCACGCCUGCCCAGCCCACUGGAGAGUUUGUGCCACCUGAGAGAACUUCAAGCUUAGGAACCUCUCAAGGUGCCAAUAUUCCCACACAAGAUCUGCCACUGCGCCCAGCCUUGUCAUCGAAUCGCUCCCAGGAAGGGCCGCCUCCGCCGCCUAGAAGGUCGAGUUCCUCGCUGGCUGUCCAGUCUGCCCCGCGAAACCAGCAGGCUGUAGAGGAAAGGAGAGGACCUCCCGAGUUCGUUUUGCCUCGCUGGCAACCCGACGCAGAAGUCACUUAUUGUCCGAUAUGUCAUACCCAGUUCAGCAUUUUUGUUAGAAAGCAUCAUUGCAGGAAAUGUGGUAGAGUUGUCUGCAACUCGUGCUCACCUCACAGAAUCACCAUCCCUUACCAGUACAUUGUGCAGCCGCCUGGUCAGCCACGCCUAGCUGCUCAGCGAUACCCUUCUUCACUCAUCAGCGGUGAGGGAGGAUAUGCGGAUUUCAGCAGUCUCGGUGGAGGAGAGCGUGUCCGUCUAUGCAACCCAUGCGUUCCCGAUCCCAAUACUACACCACCACAACCGCUUGACUCCCCUUCGCAGUUGUCGCCUCGAGGAUCGCAUUACAGAUCGCAAAGCAGCAUCAACGCCAUGUCCAGCAACGCCCCUCCACCCAAUAGGUACUCGAGCUACUUUACGACGAGCCCUCCCCAGGACGCAUAUGCAAGGUCUAGGAGUAUUACGCAUUCCGGCCCCGGCGGGCCCUCCAGCUCUCGCCCAACUUAUUCCUCCACUCAAAACCGGAUCCUGGCGGGGACUCCUCCUGCGUACUACUCUUCCUCAUCGGCCGGCUACCCGGGCUCAUCCCGAUACCGCUCCAUGCUCGACGUUGGGUCCUCAUCUUCCUCAGCCGCCCAGAACCGCGCACUGCCCCCGCCGCCACAAAUUGCUGAAGAGGACGAGUGCCCUGUCUGCCACCGAGAGCUGCCCUCACGCACCCUACCAAACUUUGAGACGUUGCGAGAGACUCACAUUAACAUCUGCAUCACGUCACACAGCACAUACAGCGGCACGCCUACGGGCGAAACACCGCAGAACGUAGUCGGCACGCCGCCGCCCCUAGCCGCGCGCCGGACGGGUAUGUUCCCUUACGUUGCCACGGAGAAGGACUGCGUCGACUCCGCCGAAUGCACUAUUUGCCUCGAGGAGUUUGAGGUGGGCGUUCCCAUGGCUCGCCUAGAAUGUCUCUGCCGCUUCCACCGGUCCUGCAUCUCGGCCUGGUUCGUCAACCAUCCAGGACGCUGCCCCGUUCAUCAGCAUGAUAGUUUUGGCUAUUGA